AUGAAGAUUACCUCCCAUCAUCUGAUGAUAACCAGUCUCGUUUUCAGGUCCAACCUCAGGCUGAUCCCGCUUCUGCUGCUGUUUCUUGGUUACUCUCGCGGGAUGCCACACGUUUUAAGAUUUGGAGGAAUAUUUGAAUCCAUUGAGAGCGGCCCCUCCGGAGCAGAGGAACUAGCCUUUAAAUUUGCCUUGAACACAAUCAACAGGAACCGCACCUUGCUCCCCAACACCACGCUGACCUAUGACAUCCAGAGAAUAAACAUCUUCGACAGCUUCGAGGCCUCCAGGAAAGCAUGUGAUCAGCUUUCUCUUGGGGUGGCGGCCAUUUUUGGCCCCUCGCACAGCUCGUCGGCCAAUGCGGUCCAGUCCAUCUGCAACGCUCUGGGAGUGCCCCACAUCCAGACCAAGUGGAAGCAUCAAGUGUCAGACAACAGGGACUCGUACUAUGUCAGCCUGUACCCCGACUUCUCCUCCCUCAGCAGAGCCAUCCUCGACCUGGUGCACUUCUUCAAGUGGAGAACGGUCACUGUGGUGUAUGACGACAGCACAGGUCUCAUUCGACUGCAGGAGCUGAUCAAGGCACCGUCACGAUACAACAUUCGUUUGAAGAUCCGACAGCUGCCCACAGAGACCAAGGACGCCAAGCCACUUCUGAAGGAGAUGAAGAAGGCAAAGGAGUUUCAUGUCAUCUUUGAUUGCGGACAUGAGAUGGCUGCCUGGAUCCUGAAACAGGCCCUGGCCAUGGGUAUGAUGACAGAGUACUACCAUUAUAUUUUUACUACCCUGGACCUUUUUGCCCUCGACAUGGAACCGUAUCGCUACAGUGGAGUCAACAUGACGGGGUUCCGCAUCCUCAACACAGAAAACUCUCAGGUGUCGUCUAUCAUCGAGAAGUGGUCAAUGGAGCGGCUACAAGCCCCACCCAAACCGGACUCGGGGCUGCUGGAUGGAUUCAUGACGACCGAUGCAGCGCUGAUGUACGACGCCGUGCACGUGGUGGCGGUGGCGGUGCAGCAGUCGCAGCAGAUCACCGUCAGCUCUCUGCAGUGCAAUCGCCACAAGCCGUGGCGCUUCGGGGGGCGUUUCAUCAGCCUCAUCAAAGAGGCACACUGGGAUGGUUUGACCGGACGUGUCCUCUUCAACAAGACCAAUGGGCUGAGGACAGACUUCGACCUGGACGUCAUCAGUCUGAAGGAGGAGGGGCUGGAAAAGAUUGGAACAUGGGAUCCUCCCAGCGGUCUGAAUAUGACAGAGACUCACAAAAGCAAGACAUCCAACAUCACAGACUCACUGGCUAACAAAUCCCUGCGUGUAUCCACCAUACUGGAGGAGCCAUAUGUGAUGUUUAAGAAGUCGGACAAGCCUCUAUAUGGGAACGACCGCUUCGAGGGCUACUGCAUCGACCUGCUGAGGGAGCUCUCUGGCAUCCUGGGCUUCCGCUAUGAGGUGCGAUUAGUGGAGGAUGGGAAGUACGGCGCGCUGGACGAAAGCACGGGCCAAUGGAACGGCAUGGUGCGGGAGCUCAUGGACCAUAAAGCAGAUCUGGCGGUGGCUCCUCUGGCCAUCACCUACGUCAGAGAGAAGGUCAUCGACUUCUCGAAGCCCUUCAUGACACUGGGGAUAAGUAUCCUGUACCGCAAGCCCAACGGCACCAACCCCGGGGUCUUCUCCUUCCUCAACCCCCUCUCGCCUGAUAUCUGGAUGUAUAUUCUGCUGGCUUGCUUGGGUGUCAGUUGUGUGCUGUUUGUCAUAGCCAGGUUUAGCCCUUAUGAGUGGUACAACCCGCAUCCAUGCAACCCGGACUCGGAUGUGGUGGAAAACAAUUUUACGCUGCUCAAUAGUUUCUGGUUUGGAGUUGGGGCUCUCAUGCAGCAAGGAUCAGAGCUCAUGCCCAAGGCCCUGUCGACUCGAAUAGUGGGAGGCAUCUGGUGGUUCUUCACCCUCAUCAUCAUUUCCUCGUAUACGGCCAACUUGGCUGCCUUCCUCACAGUGGAGAGGAUGGAGUCGCCCAUAGACUCAGCCGAUGACCUGGCCAAGCAAACUAAAAUCCUGUACGGGGUGGUGGAGGACGGUGCCACCAUGACCUUCUUCAAGAAAACGAAAAUCUCCACCUACGACAAGAUGUGGGAGUUCAUGAACAGCAGGAGGCAAUCUGUGAUGGUCAAGAAUGUGGAGGAGGGCAUCCAGCGCGUCCUGACUUCAGACUACGCCUUCCUCAUGGAGUCCACCACCAUCGAGUUCGUCACCCAGCGCAACUGCAACCUCACACAGAUCGGAGGCCUCAUAGACUCCAAAGCCUACGGAGUGGGAACACCUAUGGGCUCUCCGUACAGAGACAAGAUCACGAUAGCUAUUCUGCAGCUGCAGGAGGAAGGCAAGCUGCACAUGAUGAAGGAGAAGUGGUGGAGGGGGAACGGCUGUCCCGAGGAGGAGAGCAAGGAGGCCAGCGCUCUGGGGGUGCAGAACAUCGGUGGGAUCUUUAUCGUGCUGGCUGCAGGACUGGUGCUGUCAGUGUUUGUGGCUGUUGGGGAGGUCCUUUAUAAGUCCAAACAGAACGCCCAGCUGGAAAAGCGAUCAUUCUGCAGCGCCAUGAUGGAUGAGCUGCGAGUGUCUCUGAAGUGCCAACGCCGUCUCAAACAGAAGCCUCAGCCGCCCGUCAUCGUUAAGACAGAGGAGGUCAUUAACAUGCACACGUUCAACGACAGGAGACUCCCAGGAAAGGAAACCAUGGCGUGA